GGUCUCCGCUCCCCGAGAGGACCAGGCCUGGGCAGGGCACGCGGGGCUGCGUCGGACGUCCUGUGCGGCGUGAUGACGUAGUUUGUUGUUGUUGGUGCCCUACUCUGUUCCUGACAUGGCGGCUCGCUGGAGCAGUGAGAAUGUGGUGGUGGAGGUCAGGGACUCGCAGGCAACUGCGAUGUCUGUGAAUUGUCAUGGCCAGCUUGCGGUACUUUCUGGGCGCCGCUUCCUAUAUGUUAUAAAUUUAGAUGCUCCUUCAGAAGUACCAAGAAAGGUUGCAAGACAAAGCAAAUGGGACAUUGGUGUAGUGCAGUGGAACCCCCAUGAGACUUCUUCCCACUAUUUUGCAGCUUCGUGUAACCAGCGAGUGGACCUGUACAAAUGGCAUGAUGGAAAUGGGGAGAUCCACACUUCACUACAGGGUCAUACUCGUGUUAUAAGUGAUUUGGAGUGGUCGUUCUUUGAACCGGAGCUGCUUGGGACAAGCUCUGUUGACACAUACAUCUAUAUUUGGGAUAUAAAGGACACACGGAAGCCAUCAGUGUCUCUAUCUGCUGUAGCGGGAGCCUCUCAGGUGAAAUGGAACAAAAAGAACCCGUGCUGCUUAGCAACAAGCCAUGACGGAGAUGUGAGAAUCUGGGACAAACGGAAACCUAAUACAGCAGUGGAAUAUAUUGCUGCUCACUUGUCAAAAAUCCAUGGACUGGACUGGCACCCGGAGAAUGAACACAUCUUUGCUACAUCAAGCCAGGACAACUCUGUCAGAUUCUGGGAUUACAGACAACCAAGGAAAUAUCUAAAUAUUCUGUCAUGUCAAGUCCCAGUGUGGAAGGCCCGGUACACACCGUUUAGCAAUGGCUUAGUGACGGUGAUGGUUCCCCAGUUACGUCGUGGUGAAAAUAGUCUCCUUCUGUGGAAUGUUUUAGACUUAAAUGUCCCAGUUCAUACCUUCGUUGGACAUGAUGACGUAGUGCUAGAAUUUCAUUGGCGAAAACAGAGGGAAGAAUUGAAGGACUAUCAGUUGGUUACCUGGUCACGUGACCAGACAUUACGAAUGUGGCGGAUUGAUAUGCAACUACAGCGGCUCUGUGCAAAUGACAUGCUGGAUGGCGAUGAGUUAACUGAUGGUGUUUCCCUGCUCCCAGAGGCAGAUAAAGCUCUUCAUUCACAGGACACUGAUCCUCCCCCAACACUAAGUCAUGUAAACGAAGAGGAUGAAGUAUUAAGAGAGGAUUUUCACAACCACGUCACAAUCAGCUCCAAACCUGAUUAUCUCGGACUACCACAGACAUUGCAACAAGAAUUCUCGUUGGUUAAUCUACAAAUCCGCAAUGUGAUGGUUGAUGAGAUGGAUGCUGUAAAUCGCAACUGCACAGUCUCGGUGCAUUGUGGAAAUCUCCGGGUGAAGAUGGUUGUGAUGUUUCCAGUACAGUAUCCAAACAACGCUGCUCCCUCCUUCCAGUUCAUUAACCCCACUACCAUCAGCUCAAGCAUGAGAACAAAACUUCUUAAGAUUCUGAAGGACACAUCCCUCCAGAAAGUGAAACGAAACCAGAGUUGCUUGGAACCUUGUUUGCGCCAGUUAGUGUCCAGCCUGGAGGCUAUUGUGAAUCAGGAUAACAGUGGCUCUGCUAACUCCCAGAAUCCAUUUGUCCUUGGAAAUUCUGUCACGCCUCCACUACCGACUUUUCCACGAGUCACUAACACCUAUGGUUCCUACCAGGAUGCCAACAUUCCCUUUCCUCGAACCUCUGGGGCACGUUUCUGUGGAGCUGGUUACCUUGUAUAUUUCAUGAGACCAAUGACUCUUCACAGGACAGUGUCUCCAACAGAGCCCACACCCAGAUCAUUGUCGGCUCUCUCUGCCUAUCACAGUGGAGGAAUCACCCCGAUGAAGAUCCGUACGGAAUCACAGAGUAAUUUGAGGCUGUACAGUGGGAGCCCAACUCGCAGUGAAAAGGAGCCAGUCUCCAUUAGCUCCUUCUAUUACAAGGAGCGAGUGAGUAUGGUGCACUGGACUUGUGACCAGCCACACAAUCCAUUGCCUCCAGCCCUUUUUGUUUUAUUCGCUCUUGGGAUGUGGACGUCACUGGCUAGGCUGGCGUUUAUCACCCAUCCCUAAUUGUCCAGAGGGCAGUUAAGAGUCAACCACAUUGUCCUGGGUCUGGAGUCACAUCUACAUUACCAGACCAGAUAAGGAUGUCCGAUUUCCUUCCCUAAAGGACCUCGAUGAGAUUUUACAACGAUCAUCAGUGAUUUAUGUGGUCGAUGUUUGUUUGGUUUGCUUUUAUUCCAGCUUUUUGUUGAAUUGAAACUUCACCAUCUGUGAUGGUGGAAUUUGAACCCAUGUUCCCACAAUAAAUAAUAGCCUGGAGCUCUGGCAUACCAGUCUUAAUGACAUUACCACAAUGCCACUGCAUCCCCUUAUCUCAAACAUCAGAUUUCCACUUAUGCAACAAAUGGUUAAUUACAUUUUCACCACAAUUUUACACAAUUUUCCCAGAAGUGGAACUUACCAGGCCAGUAUGAUGGGCCUUUCAAUGCCAUAUAGCUGAAUUCUUUGUAGUAGUGCUUUGUUAACUUAGUGAGGGAUUUUGUUUUGGUUUCCAGAGAAUUGAUGCACCAGUUGUCUGUUGUCUAUUUCUAAAGUGACAGAUAGACAUACAGGUACAUGUUUGUGGUUGAUGAACCAGACUGGAAAAUAAAAGGAAAAUGUGAUGGGAUUUGCAAAAGUGCAAACAAUUGAUUUUUAAAAACAUAUGUCAUGGAGAGAAUUACUUUAAAAAUUCUGAUCUUAUUUGAUGGUGAAGCAUUGAUCAGUUGCCUGUAUGCAUGAGUUUUGUUUCUUUUUAGCUGGUUAACUGAUGAACAGCUACUUCAGCCAGGGAGACAUCAGCUGAAACCAGCAAGCAUGCUCUUGCAUAUGGGAGCUCUUUUACUUACGUGGCUUGUUGUUUUUAGACUUGAGUCUGAGGUACACCUGGCAACACUUUUCCUGUAAACUAAACUCUUUUACAUAUCUUGUCUGUUAAAAUUUCAGUGGGAUCAACUUUAGAUCCCUUCACCUGUCCUGCAGAAUUUUAAGUGUUUUUUUUCGCUUGUCUCUUGUCAUUAAUGCUUGCAUUCGCUUAGCUGAUGUGUAUGAGAGAUCCUGACCCAAUACUGUAACUUUGCUGUGACAAUAGAUUAAAAAGCUAUUUGGGUGGA